GGGCAUGUCAAUGGUAGGGAUGCAAGUGUGAAGCGCAAGACCGAAGAGCAGCAAGCAAGACCGAGGCAACGGUUCCGUGGAGAGUGGGUGGCAAACACAAAGAAAGAGAGGAUCAAACAACAAGGAGGCAAGUUCAAGGGCAAAUGGGGAAGAAAGCUUGCGGCCGACGGGGAGGCAAACGACAACACCAGUAACCAGUCGAUGGUGCCUGUGAUUAACGAUCAAAAGCCAUGAAGACACCAAUUUUUGCGAACAAGCCCGAGCGUCGGAAGAUCGAAAUUAGCAUUGCGCAAACCCAAACGACUGAGGCUCCACAAAACGAUUGCGCCGUCAAUUUCCCACGUGCGAGACUACCGGCACCAAUCCACUACAGCAGCCUCGGUUUGAUAAUUCCAACAGCCACCAUGCCGGCCCUGACGCAAUCACGAAGUCUUUCAGCUCGACUGGCUGCGGCUCCCGAUUCAUGUUCCACACCUGGGCAUGGCGAGUCCGAAGUCCUUGGCUACGGUUUUGUCCUAGCACCACACAGCAUAUGUACAUAGUGGCGGGACAGCGGGUGCAGGGCCCCAUGGCUGGGACCCCGACCGGCUGGGAUUCAUGUUACUGUAUUCCGGACUACAUUGGAAACAGAAAUAUUAAGCGAUUGCGUACCGCUGAAUAGACGGUUCGAUCGUUGCAUCGCGGGCAUUACCGUAUACAGUUGUUCACACAUUCACAUUUAUUCUGGGGCU